AAUGACAUCUGAAGGGCACAGGAUUCCACUUAGCUGCAGACUUCUAGGCAGCAACUCACCCUCACGCUGAGGUCUCCUGGCUCUAGAAACAACUCUAGCUCAGUCUCCACCAUGAGCCUCAGACCCAAUGCCUUCACCUCCUGUACCAGUGCCAGGCCACUGCGUGUCCUGCAGGUGUUGCUGCUGCUGUCACUGCUCCUCAUCGCUCUGGUUCCCUCCACCAUUGGAAAAGGUGGAUUUGUAGAUGUUGAGCCAUACCUUGAACUGCGCUGCGCAUGCGUGAAGACAGUCUCUGAAAUUCAUCCCAAGAACAUCCAGAAAUUGGAGAUUAUCAAGCCAGGAGCCCACUGCAACAAAGUCGAAGUGAUAGCCAUGCUGAAGGAUGGAAGGAAAGUCUGCCUGGACCCAGAAGCCCCGAUGGUUAAGAAAAUAGCCCAGAAAAUGUUGAAAGGUGACGGGUCAGCUGCUUAAUCUGUUCACCCUCUGCCAAAUCUUUUCACCUUCCAGGAA